UCCGGCGGCGCCGUUCCUGUCACGGCAGACGUGGCCUUCCGGUCCUGGAGUCCGAGCGGAGACCCCGGCUGCCGGCAGGAUGGAGCUGGAGGCCAUGAGUAGAUACACGAGCCCAGUGAACCCGGCGGUGUUCCCCCAUCUCACCGUGGUGCUGCUGGCCAUCGGCAUGUUCUUCACUGCCUGGUUCUUCGUCUAUGAGGUCACGUCCACCAAGUACACACGGGACAUCUACAAGGAGCUGCUCAUCUCGCUGGUGGCCUCGCUCUUCAUGGGCUUCGGGGUCCUCUUCCUGCUGCUCUGGGUCGGCAUAUACGUAUGACGGUUCUGCCUGCACGAGGUCAUGGACCCCAUCUUUGUGUCCCCUGCAGUUUUGUAUCUUGUUCAGCACACAUUUCCACUGACUCUAAUAAAGGAGGUGUUUGCCUUUGUGAAUAA